AUGGCUGCCCCUGAGGCGCCCUCAUGCUACGUCGGGAUCGCGCGGCAGUCCGCCGCCUUCCGCCUUAUGAAGCAAAUGGGAUGGGAAGAAGGUGAAGGACUUGGCAAAGACAAGCAGGGCAUAAAGGGUCAUGUUAGAGUGAAAAACAAGCAGGACACACUAGGUGUUGGUGAUGAUAGCCCUUGUAACAAAUGGGUAUAUGAUACCACCCAAUUUGACAACAUAUUGAAGAAACUGAAAGUGCAAUCAGCUAACCCUAUUCAAGAAGAGGUUGCAGCUGUAAAAAGUGAUUCGCCUGAUGUCACACCAAAGAAAGACAAAUCAGCAAAAGAUGAAGUUACUAAAAUUACUCGCCCUCAAGGAAGAUACAAGAAAAGAGAGAGAGGGAAAAGUGUGAGCUCUUAUUCAGCAACGGAUCUUCAAGGAAUACUUAAUGUACGCAAAAGUGAAGAUAAUUCCCAAGUGGAUCAGAAACUUGAACCGACAUGCUUGGAUGAACCUGAUCCCAUCAUCUGCCCGGAUGCAGUAUCCCAAGCUGAUGAUGUGAACUGGUGGGGGCACAAAUUUGGAUUUGUAUCAGGAGGGUUUCUAGGAGCAAAAUCCCGUAAAAACAAAUCUUUACGAAAAGAUCCCACUAAUGUCCGCCAGACAUUUGCGGAGGAAGAUCAAGAAAAUUUGUACAAUCUUGUUCAGGAUAAAGCUACUUCUGGAAAGCAGGGUCUUGGCAUCAAAGGCCUGCCAAUGAAAGUUGCUGGCCAACGUUGGAAGGGAAACAAAACUUCGUUUGUUGAUAGUGAUGAUGAUAAUUCAGCCCAGUCCAAUGAAUAUUCAGAAAUCGAAGAGAAUGAUGAUGAGGAAGAACCUGCCAGUGCUUCUGAAUCAAUAGACACAGACAGGAAUGCAGAAAAAGAAUUGCUUGUGGAUGCUAGACCCAAAACCAAGGUCAAGAAACUUUGCAAAAGAAUACUUCGUCAGGCCCCAUCUCAGUCAAUGAAAUUGAAGGAUCUUAAGGUAGCCGUUGAGGAACAUUCAAAUGCUGUAUUCUCCAGCUUCUCAUGUAGACGCGAAGCUCUGUUGUUUCUGAAGAAAAAGCUUCAAGGAAGCAGGAAAUUCAAUCUGGACGGCAAGAAAGUUCAUCUCGUGUCAUGA